CAAAGUAAAAAUCCAAUAAAGUUUUCUAUUUUUUUAUCUCUCUAUUUACUAUCUCUCUCUCAUCUUCUCUAACAAAAAAACAGAAGAGAGAGAAAGAAAUAGAAAUACAAGAGUUGACAACGAGUAGUGGGUAAUGGAACUAUUGCUGCUGAUGCUCUUCCCUCACCUUCGGCUAAAGAAAGUCGACGAGCAAUGUGAGAUGGAAGAAAAAGUGAAUGUUUGGCGUAGUAAAAUAGAAAGGAAGAACUUCAAUGCUUGUUACACCCCAACUUCAGACAAUUGUGGGCCAACCAGCCUUGCCAAGAACAGAGAUUGUCAGGCAACUUUGGGCAUAUAUAAGAAAGAACAAUCUCCAAGAUCCGAUUAACAAAAGAAAGAUAAUAUGCAAUGAUGAGUUGCGAUUGGUAUUUGAAGUUGACUGUACGGAUAUGUUUCAGAUGAACAAGCUGCUGGCAAAACAUAUUAUUCCUCUUGAUCCCACAAAGGUUCCAGAAACACCAUCCAAGAAAGCUAAGGUUAAGGAAUCUGAAGUUCCAAGCACCGAACCUGCUAGCUCUCCUUCUAUUGUGAUAUCUGAAGCACUGGCCAAAUUCUUUGGAACAAGCGAGAAGGAAAUGCUUCAAUCUGAGGUUUAUAAGCGUAUUGAAGAAUACAUUAAGACAGAAGGCUUGGAGAUUUCGAAGAAGGAGGGAGAUGGUGAAGGACAGUUCGCAGCAGGAAGGAGAUGGUGAAAGACAGUAUCGCAGGAGUGGAAUUCGAAAGUAGAUGGGGUGACAUGCUUUGACUAUCUAUUUUAACGGUCAAACAAAUGUUUUUAAGUGUUUAAGGUUACUAAAAACUUAAAUGCAAAUGUUAGAUGUUACUAUUUGGAAAAAUCUUACAAAAAUGUUA